GAUAAAAGUAGGUCGUCGGUGCGCGCGGCGCCGGGCGCUGGGAGCCGUGGCCGCAGAAGUGUGACGAUGUCGUCCAAGUCGGCGCUGUUGCUCGGCCUCUUCGGUGUGGCCGGCACGCUGUGGUCGUUGAGUACCGCGGCGCUCCUGCUAGCCGCGGCUUACUUGGUCACGGGUGGCUGGCGCACACUGCGCCUGUUAGCGCGAACCGCGCCGCGCGAUGUGCUUGCAGCCAUCGGCUACAUGCGCCUCAACUGGUACAUGCACAGGCGCGUGGCCGAAGACACGACUGUGGCGCGCGUGUUCGCGUCGCUAGCACGCCGGCAGCCGGACAAGCCUUGCCUGGUGACGGCGCAGCGCACCUGGACGUUCGCCCAAGUGCAAGACUACUCGGAGCGCGUAGCUUGCGCGCUUGCGGCACUGGGAUUGAGACCCGCCGACGAAGUAGCUUUGCUGACCGAGUCUCGGCCCGAGGCUGUCAUGCUCUGGUUGGGCCUGUCCAAGUUGGGUGUCGUCUCAGCUCUCAUCAACUACAAUUUGAAGCAAGCCUCGCUUGCCCAUUGUAUCUCAUGCGUGCGAAGUCGUGCUGUUGUCUUUACACGCGCGCUAUUGGAACCGUUGCGCAACGCGCGGCCCCUGAUUGCAGAAAAGCUUGGCACCGAGCCGCUCUACGUCUGCCUCGACGCCGACGUGAAAGACCUGGGUGCGCCGGUGACCUGGCUGGAACCUCUACUGCAAGCUGCCGAGCCCAGUGCUCCACCGUACCGCGGCUGCAUGGACGACCGACUGCUUUACAUCUACACGUCCGGCACCACGGGCCUUCCCAAGGCGGCGAUCAUCAAGCAGCGGCGGUUCUUCAGCAUGGCCAGUGCUGUGCGCCACAUGAUGCCCAUGCGAGACGACGACGUUUUAUACGUGUGCCUGCCCGUGUACCACGUGGCUGCCGGCGUGCUGGCGCUGUCGCAGACGCUCCUGUUCGGCAGCACGGCCGUGCUGCGGCCACGCUUUUCGGCGUCCGCCUUUUGGGAAGACUGCGCGCGCUACGGCUGUACCGUGGCUCAAUACAUCGGUGAGACGUGUCGUUACCUGCUGGCGCAACCGCCCGGUCCGCAAGAUCGUGCGCACCGUGUUCGCCUUAUGUUCGGCAACGGGCUGCGGCCGCAGCUGUGGCGCCCGUUCGCCGAGCGCUUCGGACUGGCCGACCUGCGGGAAGUGUACGGUGCCACCGAGGGCAAUGCCAACCUGGUGAACACUGACAACCGGCCGGGGGCCGUGGGCUUCUUCCCUGUGCUGUUCAUGCUGUGGCCCGCGUUGGGCGAGCGCCUGCUACCCAUCAAGCUGGUGCGCGUCGACGAGACGACUGGGCUUCCGUUGCGCGACAAGUUCGGCAUCUGCCUCGCCUGCGGGCCUGGUCAGGUAGGAGAGCUCGUGGGCAAGGUCGAGCGCUCUCACAUGCAUCAGUUCGACGGCUACGUGAACAAAGAAGCGACGCAGAAGAAACUGUACCGCGACGUGUUUCGCAAGGGCGACAUGGCGUUCGCCUCGGGGGACUUGCUGGUCACCGACGAGCUGGGCUACGUCUACUUCCGCGAUCGGACGGGCGACACAUUCCGCUGGAAGGGCGAGAACGUCUCCACAGCCGAAGUCGAAGGCGUGGCGGCACAGGUACUCGGGUUGAGCGACUGCGUCGCGUACGGCGUCUCUUUGCCGGGCACCGAGGGGCGUGCCGGCAUGUUGGCUGUCCAGGACCCCGAACGCCGCACCGACCUGGACGCGCUGCUUGCUGCGUUGCGGCGCCAGCUGCCCGUUUAUGCAGUGCCCCUCUUUGUGCGGCUCACGCGCGCCGUCGAUACCACGUCCACGUACAAGCUGAAGAAGGGCGAGCUGCAGCGGCACGAGUACCACCUCGACCAGCUGGGCGGCGACCCGUGCUUCUUCUUGGACCACGCCGCCGGCUGCUAUGUGCCGCUCGACCGAGACCUGUAUGAUCGCCUGUGUGCCGGCGCAUGUCGCCUCUAAAGUAGUGCACGGACUCGCCCGGAGCCGCACUCGGGGCCGCUGCUUCUGGCCGGCCGGCCGGAUCAUUCUGCCUUAACGUCUUUGUACACAACGCGUGUUAGAAUGCGCAAUCUUCGUGUGUGUGUGUGUGCGUGUGUGUGUGUGCGUAUGUGUGUGUUUUUUGUUUUUUUACGCCAAAGUAUGUUUAUUGCGCGGGACCAUGCGCGAGCGAGAGAUGUUACUAAUUCUGCCUGUUGAUCGCUUAUAAAGGCAUGGACUAUGCCCAAAAAAUG